AACGGAUGAUUCUUGAUGUAAAUUUGUGGCUUCUGGCAGAUUUAAAAAAAAUUUUGUGAUAUUCGAGUUUUGAUUUUUGUGAACCCGGCACAAGUCUAAGAAUCCGUUCAGGAGCAUACGCCGGAAAACAAACCUCAUUCCUUUCCUUUCCUUGAUGUAAAUUAUUUUUAGCACUAUCAUGAGGAAAAAGCAAAAUGAUUUUCAAAAAGUAAAGCUUAAGGUUGGUAAACAGCUUCCCAAAGGUCGAAAUGAAACCAAAACUUCCUUUCAAACAAGAAAAGUCAACUUGCAUCAACAGAUAAAAAAAACUGCUGAUGAACCAACAUUAAAGGAAUUGCUCAGCUAUAUGAAGAGUAGAGAUGCUAAAAUCAAAUUUGACAAUAUGCGGAGACUUUUCAAGCAUAUUUCAAAUAAUAAGGAGACUUUACCCAUAUUUUUUGCUGACAUACUGAAGGAACUUGGAAGAACACUUCAAGAAAGUGAUCCUAAAAUUAGAGCUGAGGCUAUUUUAAUCAUUGGUCUAUGUGCUGAAAUUUUGACUGACACCCAGUUGAGGCCUUUUGUUACUCCACUGACAACAUAUCUAAAUUGUAUGAUGACCCACAUAACUUUUCAAGUGAGACAAGACUCUCUUAAGUUUCUGGAUGUAUUGUUAAAAACUCAUAAAUGUGUCAUUUGCCAGUCAUGUGAAAUUCUUUUCUCCUUAUUGAACUUGAUUUCAUGCAAGGCAAAUAAAGAUAAUGAGGAUCGACGAAAACUGCUUGAUUUUAUAACUCCCAAAAUAUCUACUGAUGAAUGGAGAAUGAAUGUCUUGAAACGGAUGCUCCCUUUUCUGCCUGGAGUAUUAAAAAAUGACCCAAUUGCAAUGGAUACUGAUGAUACAAAGAAAGUUCAUUGGAAUGCUAAAGAACCUUUGAAUCUUCCUUUAUACCUUAACAGUGGUACUAAGCCUGCUAAUUUUGAUUAUUCACUGUACUCUUUAAAGGAAGAAGAUGCCUGCGAUCCCGAAGAGUUAAAAAAAUUUGUGAGCGAGAUACUACCCAUUCUUCAUGCAAUUCUAAAGGGUUUUGCUUUGCACAGUUCUUUCUCUGAAUCCAAUAUCAAAUAUUUGAAUAUAUUUACUCAAAUUAUGUGUUGCUUAGCAGAAUGGACCGUGAAUUCUGAUUUGAAAAAUACGGAUAUUUCAGAACAAUGCAGAAGUAUUAAUCUGGAACUAAUGGACAAUUUUCCAUAUAUUCAGCACACUGGUCAUGUUUCAAAGGGAGAGGUAAUUGAUAACAUUGAUUUAAACUUGGGUAUCUGCUAUCUGCAUUGCAUCUGCUCUCUACUUACUCUACCUAAUCUGACGUAUGGAGGUUAUUGGAAUAAAAUUAGAUCAUAUGCUAUAAAGGCAUUUAAAGCUGGUGGUGUAAAACUUAGUGAAAAAUCAAUUUCAUUAUUAGUAAAGAUAUUUAAAAUAGGAAUAAAAACCCAUGCCCUUAAUCAAGACACUUUUCUAGGUGCCAUAACUGCAGUUUUACUUGGUUUCAUGACAGUAUUAAAAGCCAGAAAGAUAUCACCAAGUGCAAAUGAAAUAUAUUACUUUUUCAUGGAUUUAACAUUGGAUUGUGAUAUCAAGAAUUUUAAUAAGCUUCCCCCUAUUAGAGAAUGGUUUUCCAAUAUUCCAAAUCUGUUAUGUUGCAUGAUGGACACCAAUAGAUUCGUUCCCAAUUAUCUAAAUUACUUAAAACAACUUUGUGCGAGAAGAAAUUAUUCGUUUCUGAAUGUAAUUGGUACACUUCCAUCUGAAAGAUUUAUAGAAUUCUUAAAGUUUGAGGAUGAAGAAUUGCAGAUCACUACCAUUCAAAUGAUUACAUCUAGGAGCAUAUUAUCUCCAGCUUUUUUGCAAGAUAUUGCUGAAGCGAUUAGAGAUGAAUGUUUCUCACUGAAAACAGCAUCCAGGUUAAUACGUUGCCUACAUAGCAGAUUUUCACAAACAACAGAUGUGCCUGGUGAGCAAAUGGAAUUUGUGAAAUUUUUGCUUAAUUUGGCUUGUGAUACUUUCUUAAUUUUGGAUCCUUCACUUGAUACUGAUACAAUGCCACUUAGAAACAUGUUAGUAGUUUACCAACAAUCCUUCUCAUGCCGGUGUGAAAUAUAUCCCACUUCUAAUCAUGCAUUUCAACAAGAAAUUUUUAAGGUGUGUGCAGAAUGCUUGUCAUCCUAUUUUACAAAUGAACUUCAUGUAAAAGCUGCUAUAGUUUUUAUCAGAACCAUUUUUGAGGAGUAUUCAAGUUAUCCUGUGCACUCUGCGGUAGCUUUUGUUCAGCUCUUCAAAAGAUUUCCAAUUUUGAACAGUGAUGGGGAGUCAGCAGAGUUUUUACAAAACAUCAUAUAUUCUCUCCUAUUGUACAAUAGUUUGUUAACAGAUGAUGUUCCUGAAGAGCACUGGGAUGACUAUAAUGUUUCAGCUGUGAAUGAUUGCCUUGAUAUUAUUAAUACCUUGGAUAUUAUUGAUUAUAUGGAAAGUGCAGUUGAUAUUUAUAAACCUACUCAGGUUUAUCAUGUAUUGAGAAGUCUUAUGUUUUUAUACAGAAGAGGAUAUUUGCAUUUGGUACAGAAAGAUACUGUCUUUUUACUCUUAGACAGACUAAGUGAGCAUGGCGUGGUGCGUGAUAAUUCCCUCUAUAAAAACAUGAUUCGUAGCAUGUUCGAAUUGGUAUCUAAUAUUUAAAUAUUGUGCCCGUACUUCAUUUGAUGUGAAAAAUCUAACUGUUUUUGUCUUUAAAUAUUUAAUAUGGAAAUUUGGAUGAAGGUGGGAUCUACUUAUGAAGGAAAUGCAAAUUACAAGUGUUUUUGUUUUGUGUGUGUGUGCAUUUAAAUGACAUAUGCAUUUUGUAAAUGUUGCUAAUCAUGUAGUUGUAGUUGCUAAUCAUUUGUAGUUGAAAAUAAAGUUUUGCAUCCUUGA